AGCCGAAGUUUUGCAUCGUCACCGCGCGAGGUCUUCAAUGUUAAUUUGGAGUUUGCCUUUGCCCGUCACUGCUGUCGACUGCAGAUCCAAAAGAAUUGUGUUUGAAGUUGGUCUAAAGUCUAAAUAUUACAUUUAUAUACUAGUAUGACUGACAAUACUAGACAAUCGAAAAAUGAGGCAGAAGAUGAAGAAUUAAAUGUUUUGUUGGAUAGUGCUUUAAAAGAUUUUGGCAAGGAGGCUAUAUCAAAUAUUGAAAAAGACACUACAAUAGAUUCAAAUACAUUGGAUUUGCAAAAUCAACCUGGUAAAUGUGACACAUCUGAAACAUGUGUAGAAAAAUGGACAGAAGAUUUUCUUAAACAAACAGCUGAUCAAUUUGAAAAAAAUUUGCAAAACUUAUUACAAAAUGGUGAUAAUGAACUAGAAGCUGCUUUACAAAAACUUGGAGAAACUUCUGCCAAUGAUGCAACAAAUGAAAAGGACAAUAUUAGUGCAGAUUUUCAGUCAGCUAUUUCACAAGUUUUAAAGGACUUGACUACAAAUUCUGAAAAUUUGCAGAAUGAUACUGACUUAGCAGCUAUGCUAGGACGAACAUCUCUCGAUAGUGACACUGGUGAUAUAUUACCAUUUAUGCAAGGAAUGAUGGAACACCUUUUGUCAAAAGAAAUUCUUUAUCCAUCAUUAAAAGAAUUAUCAGAUAAAUAUCCAGCAUGGCUAGAGGAACACAGAACAACUAUGAAUUCUUCUGAUUUACAGAGAUAUACAAAACAAUUAGAAUUGAUGCAAAAGGUAUGUCUUGAAUUGGAAAAGGAAAACAAAGAUGAUACAGAAGAUAUUAAAAAACGUCGAUUUGAAUCUAUACUGAAACUUAUGACAGAAAUGCAAAAUUAUGGUCAAGCUCCAGAAGAUCUUGUUGGUGAACAAUGUUCACUCUUUCAAUUUGAUUCUGAAGGAAAUCCUGUUCUUCCAUUACCAUCUGGAAUAGACUCUCAACAAGACUGCAGUAUUAUGUAAAUUCUUUAAAUAUGUCUGAAAUAUUUUUUCAUUGAUUUUUAUUUUAUAAUUCAGCAAAGUUUAUUAGUAUACAGAUACAUAUACAAGAUAUAAAAUGCUUUUAGUUGGGGCAAUAUCGCAAUAUUUUCUUUUUAAUUUUAAUGACUUUUAUAAUAGAAGUUUAAUUACACGCAAUUUGCAAUAAACUUUAAUUGUAUUUUAUAGUGUAUGUAAUAAAAUUUUAAUGAAAAGUUGUUUGCUAAAUAUAGGAGAAGUAUAAUGAUUAAUUAAUAAUUAAUAAUUACAGUAGUUUACAAAUUUUACACUCUUAAUGAUAGGAAUGGAAACAACUUUUUUACGUACUUUGGAGCGCUGAAUCCAAAUCCACAAGGCAAAAUGGUCUAUUGGGUCAGGUUUUCGAAAAAAAGGAGAUUGAAAAAUGCAUUUUUCCUCCAAAAACGCAUUUUUUAUCAUUUUUGAAAAUUUAUAGUAGACGAACCCGAUGUACAAGAGACUUCAGACAGGGCUCAAAUAAAAGCUUGAACAUUAUACUUUAAUAUAAAAAUAUCGAAUCUUUUACCGCAGAUACUCAGAAUCUCAGGCGCGCUAUAUUUUUAGGUAUAGAUGUAUUGUGUCAAGUAAAACGAUUGUCCUAUACAAUUCGAUUGCAGGUAAAAGAUUUGAUAUUUUUAUAUUAAAGUACAUUGUUCAAGCUUUCAUUUGAGUUUUGUUUGAAGUGUCUAGCACAUCCGGUUCUGCUACAAAUUUUCAAAAAUGUAAAAAACACGUUUUUGGGGAGAUUUUAACCUAGUUUUUUUCAAAAACGUGACCUAAUAAAAAUGUCUUGAUGAAUUUGUCUGUUUCAGCAUUUAAAAUCACUCUAGAAACAAAUGCUCUGACACAAAAACUUGUAAACUAGUGUUAUUAUUAGAUUAAUAAUGUAUAAUAUUAAUAAAUAAUAUUUAAUGUAUUAUAUAAUAAUAUUUAUGAUUGUUAUAUAUACGUAAUAUUAUAUAAUUAUACGAAA